AUGCCAUGCAAUAUUAUCAAGUACAAGAAAACUUGUCUAGAAGUUUGCCAAGCUCACGCAACUUUUAUCAAAUACGUAAUUUCCAUCCGCAAUGAAAAUAGUAGGAAACUUCGAAGGAAUUGUCUCCAUUCAACAGUAGAAUAUGUAAUACAAAAGGUGGAGAUGAACCGAGUCUGGCAGAACUUGAAAUGGAGGGACUUCUGCAAGGCUAACAGUAUCAUUGUCACUGCCUACUCACCUUUAGGAGCCAGGGGAAACCCAUGGGGGUCCAAUGCACUCUACGAGGAGCGCAUUCUGCAUGAAAUUGCUGAGGCUAAAGGGAAAACUCAUGCACAGGUCUUGAAUUAUUGGAUCUUACUUAAUGUCUCCUCUCCAUAG